ACCAAUACCAAUUAAUAAAGAAUUAAUUUCUAUCAACAAUUACCUAGCUUGUAUCACAUGUAAAUUUGAGAAUGAAAUCCAAGGGAAAGCUAAAAAUCUUACUCAAGUUACAUGUCACGAACUACUUCUGUUCAGUAAUGAAGGGGACAAUUUGUUUGCUUUACUACCUCUGUUUGGUCCGGUGAAGGAGAAGAAGAUGAGUGGUGGAGGUGUGAGCAAAAUCAGGGGAGAUCUGUUUGCUUUGCUACUUCUGUUUAGUCUGGUUAAAGAGAGGAAGAUGAGUGGUGGAGAUGUGAGCAAAAUCAGGAUGCUGACGGGGGAGGAGAGGUGGUGGGCUUUUGAUGGAGGAGAGGUGGUGAGCUGUCGACAGAGGUGCAGGGAGAUCAGGUUGCUUUGUUGCUUGUCACGCCCCAGAACCCAAAUCCGAGGCGCGACAGACGCCGUGCACUCGUGAGACGGGUCCCACAAACGCACAAGGCUCGGAACUUAUUCAAAU